GUAUCCGCACACCGCUUCGAAGUUGGUCGCUUACCGAUUUAGACACGUGCCUCGCAGCUCCGGAAUCAAAAAGUAACAUCCACCACCACAGACUGAUUUGGCGAAGGGUUGGCUGAUCGAAGGGUUGGCUGAUCGAAGGGUUGGCUGAUCGAAGGGUUGGCUGAUCGAAGGGUUGGCUGAUCUAAGGGUUGGCUGAUCUAACGUUACUGCGACUAGAUGCAGCACAUCCCUCAUCAAUAUAAACCCUAACAGCUAAUGGUAUCUUCUAUACUCAACCAGCUUUUACCAGCCAUGAAGGUCAUGAUCAUGACAGAAUUAUCUAGGAAUGGUCUAAACCCAACCUGGCACCAUGUUGAGUCGUCUACAGGAGCUGAAGAAGGAAGAAGAGACUCUGCUGAAGAUUAAAGUGAUGCUGCAGGACCAACUCAACAGACUCAAGUUUGAAGAAGGGGCCCUGAAGUCGAUCAUCAACGCUCAGACAGACGAAGGUCCUUCACAACCUGCCAGUCCUCCUGAGGUUCCUCUGAACUUGGAUGAUGAAGCGGUGAUCAACCAGACCACGCUGCUGCUGAGUGGUCCUGUAGACUACGCCAUGGAGGAAGAGGAAGAGGAGGAGGAGGAGGAAGAGGAGGAGGAUGAUGAUGAGCUUGCAGUAGUGCCUGAGGAAGACGAGGAGGAGGAGGAUUAUUACUGA